UAGUAUAUAAUAGUGCAGUGAAAAAGUAGCUUUGAAAUUGAAGGAGAUUGGAUUGGAAUAGUUGGGUUGGUUUCUGGUAAAAAUUGUAGCGAGGGAAGCAAGCGCUAGAACAGAGAAAGAGAAGAGCGAAGACCAGAAUGGAGAGUGGAAGCUCAACCGGCGCUGGAGAGGCCACCAUAACGAUCAACGUCAAGUUCAGCGGGAGAUCGUUUCCGAUCCUCAUAUCUCCGGAUUCCACCAUUAAAGAACUCAAGUCCCUUCUCCAACCUCUCACCAACGUUCUUCCCCGUGGCCAGAAGCUCAUUUCCAAAGGCAAGCUUUUGGUGGAUGAAAUGACGAUUAGGGCUUCGGAGGUCACGAAUGGGUCCAAGAUCAUGCUCAUGGCUUCUCAGGGUUUGCACCAAGGGGACGGUCCUGUCCUUAAACAAGCUCAGACUCGUCCAGUGUCAAGGGCCGGAAAUGCUUAUAAAUCGGCAAAAGAAAGUAAGCCAAUUGAUGCUGAUAAAAGCAGGCAGGAUCGAUGGAAGGCAACUGGAGUUAUAGCAUUGUCUGAGUGCAACCUGCAGGCCAUACCUGAAGAAGUUUGGGCUUCUGGAAGUGCCAGAGUUCUAGAUCUUAGCAACAAUGCCAUCGAAGAAGUGUCUUUCCCAGUUGGUUCCUUCCAUGUGCAGACAUUGUUGUUGAAUGCAAAUAAGAUAACAGAUGGAUCUAUUAGGUGGGAAGGAAUGGCAUCUAUGCGAGAUCUAACACUUCUUUCUUUGAAUCAAAAUCAGUUAACCACUUUGCCAUCUGCACUGGGUGAGUUGACAUCACUUAAGCAACUUUGUGUUGCAAACAACAAGUUGACUGGCCUCCCUAACGAAAUAGGACUUCUGAGGCAGCUUGAAGUUUUGAAAGUCAACAGUAACAGGAUAACCGAAAUUCCUGCAUCCAUUGGGGAUUGCAGUGCUCUUAUUGAGGUUGAUCUUACAGCAAACUUUCUGUCUGAGUUGCCUGAUACAUUUGGCAAUUUGCAUAAUUUGAAGUCAUUACGUCUAGGUAACAAUGGACUAAAGUCCCUUCCUUCCACCCUUUUCAAGAUGUGCCUACAGCUGACCACAUUGGAUUUACACAAUACUGAAAUCACAACGGAUAUCCUUCGUCAGAUUGAAGGAUGGGAGAGUUUUGAUGAGCGUCGACAAUCAAAGCAUCAGAAGCAAUUGGAUUUUCGCGUCAUCCACUCUGCUGAUUUUGAUGAAGGUGCUGAUAAAAAGUGACGUCCCCUGAAUCGUAUUUACUACUGCACCAGAGGUUGUUGGUCGAAGCUAGCCGUUGUACUCGAAGCUAAAAGAAUACAGUAGGACUCUAUACUCUCUUUUGUUGGAUUACCAUACUAUGUAUAUCGCUUGAUACAUUUGGUAUCCAGAAACCAGAAAGGUUAAAAAUGAAAUAGUAACUGAUUUGAUACAACUUUUUCUUGUAAUUGAAAUUCUGAAUUAUUUUUACUAUUGGAAUAUUUAAGACGAUGA